AUGGAUUCUUCGUCCUCAGAGUCAUUGAAGUCGGGUAUAUUUUAUUGGCAACCUCACACAAACCACGUAGAUAACACUUACCACAACAUGUCGGAGUACUUUCAGCAGUUUUUCAAGUACAUCAAGCUUCCGGAUAGUCUAAACCAUCAAUACAGCCACCGUACACCUGUUGAGUGCACCCUAACCACUAGAGAAGGUCGGCGGUAUAUCGUGACAUUGAGAGGCAAUCGUUUUCGGGUGUUUUUUGAUGAAGGAUGGCGAGACUUUGUGCAUGGUGAGGACAUUAUGUCGAUUCCUAUUAAUUUUUGGCGAGAUUAUAUUCUUAUCGACUCCAUGGACACUUUCAGAGAAAUUUUGGAGUUUGAGGGGUGUACAUAUGAAUUACAAAUCGUUCAAGGCCAUGGAAAAAUUUUGACGCAAAAUUGGGAUGCUGAGGAUUUUGUGGACGCUACGCAAAUGGUUGAAGGCGAUACAUGGCAAUUCACAUUAACUCCAUAUUUUUGUGUGCGUUUCGAGGUUGGUCAAAAAGGUGUAGAAGAGGGAGAAAGUGGAAAGGUGGUGUUUUGGGCGGGAGAUUACCCAUUGGGUGUUUUCGACAUACACGCAAAGACUGUCUAUCUUGACGAGGAUGAUCGUGAGGAAGCAUUUGAGUUUUGGCCAUUAGCAAACCAUUAUUGUAGCAACAACCCUGAGCCUUUAUGGGAAACCUUGAAGAUAAUUUUCGAACCACUAGGCCUUGACCCAUAUUCUGGUGAAAUGCGGGCAAGAGAUGAACGUAACCAUCGCAAACUUGACCAAGUUGUUCGCGACUACUGGGCCAAAGAAAGACGUAUGGCAGCACAAUGAAGAAGGAGAGGUAAUUGAGAUUGUUGUCGC